AUCUUAGAGCUUUCUCUCUCUUCAGGCCUACCUAGGCGUUUCUCUCUUCACAUCGCCAGUGUAAAGUUCUCCGUGCUGGAUUAAAGAUCUUCAUCUUCAGCAGAGCGAGAAAGCUGUGAUACAGAAGAGGCUAUUAUAGGAGAGAAGUUUCAUCUAAUGGCAUCCAGGCUAUUGGAGAGGAUAAACGAGAUGUGCUGCUAGUGACGCAGACAACAACAACAUGGACAGACAAUAACAAAACGUCACUCUCGGGGUGCAGUGUUGGUUCGUUAUGACAAGUGGCUGUGUGGAAGAUGUCCACCCUUUCUGCGACUGAUAUCACGGAUGUUGGUCAUGGGGACUCUCUGGGCUGUGACAGUGAAGAGGGCCCUUCAGCAGCGACAGCAGAAGUGAAACAGGAGAUUCUCAGUCAAACGGACCUGUACAACACAUCGCACGAUGACCUGAACGACUCCAUGCUCAUGGAAUCCAACAACAUCAAGAUGUUCUUCCGAGAGGACAAAGCUGCGCCAGAGGGUCAGCCGGUGAAGAGAAAGAAAGGUCCUGCACCUAAAAUGCUGGGGAAUGAGGUGUGUAGUGUAUGUGGAGACAAAGCAUCUGGCUUUCAUUACAAUGUGCUGAGCUGUGAGGGCUGUAAAGGUUUCUUCAGACGCAGCGUGAUCAAGGGAGCGCAGUACUCCUGCAAGAACUCCGGCCGCUGCGAGAUGGACAUGUACAUGCGCCGCAAGUGUCAACAGUGCCGCUUGCGCAAGUGCAGGGAGGCAGGCAUGCUGGAGCAAUGUGUGCUGUCAGAAGAGCAGAUUCGACUAAAGAAGAUGAAGAAACAGGAAGAAGAGACUGCUCGUACCUCUGCAGUGGCAACACCGAGCCCUGCACCCGAGAUGCCUCCACUGGCUCCCGAACAGCAGGAGAUGAUCGAAAAGCUGGUGGCCAUGCAGAAACAGUGCAAUAAACGCUCUUUCAUUGAUCGGCCCAAAGUCACUCCAUGGCCACAGAGUCAGGACCCACAAAACCGAGAGGUUCGGCAGCAGCGCUUUGCUCAUUUCACCGAGCUGGCCAUCAUGUCAGUGCAGGAGAUUGUAGACUUUGCUAAACAGCUGCCCGGCUUCCUGGAGCUCACCCGAGAAGACCAGAUCGCCCUACUCAAGACCUCAACCAUAGAGAUCAUGCUGCUAGAGACUUCCAGACGUUAUAACCCAGCGAUUGACAGCAUCACCUUUCUUAAAGACUUCACUUACAAUAAAGAAGAUUUUGCGAAAGCAGGGCUGCAGUUAGAGUUCAUCAACCCCAUCUUUGAGUUUUCAAAAGGCAUGAACGACCUCCAUCUGGACGAGGCAGAGUAUGCUUUGCUCAUCGCUAUCAACAUCUUCUCAGCAGACCGACCAAACGUGCAGGAUCACGAGUUAGUGGAAAGACUACAGCAGCCAUAUGUGGACGCCCUCCACUCCUACAUCAGAAUAAAACGACCCAAUGAUCAUCUGAUGUUUCCUCGGAUGCUGAUGAAGCUGGUCAGCCUACGCACUUUGAGCAGCGUCCACUCAGAGCAAGUGUUUGCUCUGCGGCUCCAAGACAAAAAACUUCCUCCUUUACUUUCUGAAAUUUGGGAUGUUCACGAAUGAGCCGGCGCUCCACCAGGACCGAAUGAGCCAGUGUCAGGGAAACGUGGGUGGACAAGUGUUCCUCUACAGACAGAGCACAGGGUCAUGAUGUCCUCCCACUGUCAUGAGAAGCCUGCUUUUACCAUUCUCUUCCUUGACCUCUAGAUUUUGGACCCAGUGGUCAGUGAGAGCUGCUUCCUUUGAAUGUGCUAUUGAUAGACUGUAUGGCCAGAAGUAGCUCAGGGACCGAUCAGAGCAGGUAAUGGUUAUUCGACCAUCGUUCGAGCUUUGGGGAUUUGAAUGGGUUUGGAUUCAGAGACUUGCUUGCUAUGAUGAGCGACCACGAAUGUGUGGUCACUUUUUUUAUUUUUUAAGUUGUUUAUAUCUAAUGUUUCAGCACCAAAAGCAUCAAGCAGGUUUCGGCGAAGGUUUCUACUAUCUAAUUCAUAGAUGAGGUUGUCUUGAAGGUUUUUCAUUACAGAGAUGUAGUUUAUUUACAGUGUUUUACAAUUCCACUCUGGCUGAUUGGUUAGAAAUGGCUGGCAGACAUCUUUAUAUUUUAAAUAUGCAUAGAUCAGGCACAGAAUUGAGGAACAUUGUCUUCUUUUAGUACAGGCUAUAAUUCACAUAUUUUUCCUAUGUGACAUUUGACAUGCAUUUAGUCUUGUAAUUAAUGUUAAAAUGCAAUCUCCUUUUAACACCCGUUUUUUUUUCAAUCAGCGCAUUAUUAGUGCAAGCCGUCGUAAUUCAGAGCCCAUGUUACACUGAUCAACCGUAUCACAGCUUUCACAAGGAAUUCAGUUUUCCGCUGGUUGGAAAAAAGGAACUGAGAAGCCAAAUGGCCCGAUUUUAUGAGAAUAAAUAUAUUCUGAAUCGGUAAGAAUCACUGGAGCCGUUGAAAGCACAUUUUAUCAAAACAACAACAAUUGCUGCUACUUUACUCUCACUCAAUCCAUUCAAGAUAUAAGUGACUUUCAGAAGAACGUUAAAGAUUAAUUAAUUUAAGAAGAAAUUAUGGUCCUUGAUGAAUAAAAGGCAAGUCAGCUGCUACUGACUCACUUCGAGAGUCACAAAAACACACAAAGGCAAAAGAAAAAUGAAUAAAUAUGAUGUUAUGAAGCAAAAUGGUGCAAGAACGUUUAUAUUAUUUAUAACUUUAUUAACUUUAAUCCAAAGCUUCAGAAAAUGGUCCUGAGCACAUUCAGCCUAAGCUUUCUGUUGCAUAAUGAUGUAGAUUAAAUGUUGGGAAUCUGUGAAAAGUCAAUCUUCCUGACUGCGAUCACACAAACAAACAUAAUCUUGCUUUGCUAUAUAGACUUCAGCAUCCAAGAUAAUCAUAAGUGCUGUUCAGAUUAACAAUAUAGCUGUAUGUUUAUUUUUUUUUACUUUUGAAGUGCUGUUAGCAUUGACUUGGUUUUGUUUUAUACAGAUGUUUCAGCAAAAAAAAAGUGUUCAGUGAUUUACUUAUGAAAAUAAGUCAUCUACAUCUUGAAUGGCCUUAGUUAACUUCGAGUAGUUUUCAGUUUUGGGUGAAGUAUUACUUUAGCCUGAUUCAGUGUGCUGCUUGACUCACAGCAGCUACUGAGAUGCAUAGACAGCUAGAUAAACUUCUUGCGUGAAGCAUUCUGAAAACAUAAUGCAGACCAUAAUUAUUCCUUUAACAUUACAUUAUAAUGUUUGGUCACUUCCGUCUGUAAGCUAACAUGCUGUACUUCUACUUGAUGGAGGCCUGGUUUAAUAUUGUUUGAAAAUCCAUUCAUCCAAUCUCAGAUUGGUGUCCCCCGCAAUGUAACUCAAGUGAAAAUUAGUGGAUGAUAUUGUCAGAAAAAAUAACAUGGGUAUUUAAUGUUGUAUUUCAUCACCUUGUUGUAUUUUUUUUUGUUUCAAAAUGUUAUAAUUAGUUCUAUAAACACCUAUUUAAUUAGGUGAGUUUUGUCAUUUUUAUUAUUAUUUUUUAUUUCCACAUGCUAAUUAAUUUAAUUGACAUCUUUAAUAUUUCUUAGGUGAUUUGCAAUUAUAUAGCAUAAUCUGUGUUAACUAUUUUAUUUGUACCUCACUUUAACAGUAUAAUGUGAUUCAUAAAGUCUGAAUGCACUCAGAACAAAACCUGUCCCAUUCUCCUCAAGAUAUUGAUCUUAAACUGAACCGUAUCACAGGAUUAGCUCUGAAAUAAGGGACUAGGCAGAUGAGAGCGAUUUGUAACGUCUUACUCUGUAACAAUGCAAAUAUCCAGUGUGAGCAUGUACAAUUCAGUUUUUGCUGAUCUUAAAAACCACUUAAGAGACGACAAGGGUUGUUGUGAAUCAAUGCAUCAUGGAUACUAACAUUGUAAAAGAAUUAGCUAAAAGCAUAAUUUCUGCGGUUGACUAAUACAGUUUGUUUGCUCUGACUGUGCAGAUUGAGAAUAUGUUUGCUGACCUAUUUGUGUGUGUGAGUAUGUUUUUAGAAUAUGUUUGAUGUCAUAUGCCUGUUUGUAUGUUGUUUUUUUCUACCAUUCUUGUGUCGGGCUGUCAGCUAGUGAAAUCGCUUAAGCAGAUUGUUUUCCUCAAGCUCUUUUUUUAUGAGAAGUUCUAACCUUUCACAAGGGCUUGACAGUUCCAGUGUAUAACUGCAGGUGUCUUUUACCUUCUGUCCGUUCAGAUUUCAGGAGCAUCCCAGCGGACUAAACAGCCAAACCCUGACAGUUCAUAUGCUGAAUCUUGGUUAAUAACAGCCUACUGAAAGACAUAACCUCCCUGAUCUUCCUGUUGAACUGAUAUUGGAAAUGUGAUGAGGCAUAUUUGAUUCCUGAUCGUCAAUAAUGAGCGUUAUCUCUUGCUGCUCUAAGCUUUAUUUUCUCCAAACUGAAAUGAUGGAAUAUAGCAGUAUGCUGCUACGCGAGGCAGAGUGUAAUGCAAAGUUGAUUGUAGAUCUAAUUUUUUUUUCACCCUCAGCCCAGUGGACCUCAUUACUUUGAUUAACGUCUGUCCUCAAUAGAGAGAGUCAUGGAAGGGUGACAUGACAGAAAUGCAACCUUAUGUUUUAACGCCUUAAGUCCUUGGAUGUAUACUGCUUUAUAUGUGUAAAUUAAAAGUAGACUAAAUUUAUUGUUCUGUGAGAGUAUAUAUUUAUCUGAUAAAAAAUGCUGAAAACUUAGAUGACUCAAAGCCUAUUCUUUAUACAGAAAGACAUUCACCUAAAACAGGGAACCUCCGUAUUGUUUCUGUCUUUUUAUUACUCUGCUGUUUUUUAAUAGAUCAGGGUUGGUUGACCCUGGAAAUAAAUACUGAAUCUGAGCUCACGA